CGUAAUUAUAAUUUGCAUAGGUGAUAGGACUAAGUAAACCAGCAACAAAAGCAGAGAAGGCACGCGCAUAUAAAUACAGAGGAGGCACACACCAAAUCUACCAAAUUCGAAAAUCAAUAGUCCGACAUUUAUGCAAAAGCUUCUCACCGUGACGCUAGAUGAUGAUCCGCUACGCCGCCGUUGCACUCUUCAUCCUAACACUCUCGAUCCUCGCCGUCUGUGAUGAACUCGCCGACGGCGGCGAUUUCAUCAAACUUCCUUCCGAAGCUCGCCGCUUCUUCGACGGCGACGAUGUCGAUUCCGUAGGCACUCGAUGGGCUAUCCUGCUGGCUGGCUCCAACGGUUACUGGAAUUAUCGCCACCAGGCUGAUGUAUGCCAUGCGUAUCAAGUCUUGAAACGAGGUGGACUCAAAGAUGAAAACAUUGUUGUUUUUAUGUAUGAUGACAUUGCCUACAAUAAAGAGAAUCCAAGGCGUGGAGUUAUUAUCAACAGUCCUCAUGGUGAGGAUGUCUACAGUGGAGUUCCCAAGGAUUAUGUUGGAGAGGAUGUUACUGUCGACAACUUUUUUGCUGUUAUUCUUGGGAACAAAACUGCAGUUAAAGGAGGUAGUGGUAAAGUUGUGGACAGCAGUCCGGAUGAUCAUAUAUUCAUAUAUUACUCCGAUCAUGGUGGUCCUGGGGUGCUUGGUAUGCCUACCAGUCCUUACCUUUAUGCGAAUGAUCUGAUCAAUGUUUUAAAGAAGAAGCAUGCUUCUGGGACAUAUAGCAGCUUGGUAUUUUACCUUGAAGCAUGUGAGUCUGGAAGUAUAUUUGAAGGUCUUCUUCCUGAAGGCUUGAAUAUAUACGCAACCACUGCAGCAAAUGCAGAAGAGAGUAGCUGGGGAACGUACUGUCCGGGAGACUCUCCGGGUCCUCCCCCUGAAUAUGAAACUUGCUUAGGUGAUCUGUAUAGUGUUGCCUGGAUGGAGGACAGUGACGCGCACAAUCUACGCACAGAAACUUUGAGGCAACAAUAUCAGCUGGUGAAGAUGAGAACUGCUGCUGAAAAUUCUCAUUAUGGCUCCCAUGUCAUGCAAUAUGGUGAUCUGAAGCAAAGUUUGGAUACUCUUUAUUUGUACAUGGGUACAAAUCCUGCAAAUGAUAACUUCACUUUCUUGAGUGAUAACUCUCUGUGGCCAUUUUCCAAAGCUGUUAACCAGCGGGAUGCUGAUCUUCUACAUUUUUGGGACAAGUUCAGUAAGGCUCCUGAAGGCUCGACGAGGAAAUUUGAAUCCCAACAGCAGCUUGCUGAAGCUAUGGCUCACCGAACACACGUAGACAACAGUAUUAAACUUAUUGGGAAACUUCUUUUCGGAAUUGAGAAGGGCCCCAAAGUGCUUAACACCGUUCGACCUGCUGGAGAACCUCUUGUUGAUGACUGGAAUUGCCUUAAAUUGCUGGUUCGAGAAUUUGAGACUCGAUGUGGAUCUCUAUCCCAAUACGGAAUGAAACACAUGCGUUCCAUCGCCAAUAUCUGCAAUGCAGGCGUGAACGUAGAGCAGAUGGCCGAAGCAUCCUCCCAAGCCUGCACCAAUUUCCCUUCUAACCCUUGGAGCUCUCUGAAAGGGGGCUUCAGCGCUUGAUAGUCGCGUAAAAAUCCUAAAUGCCUUUGGUUAAUAUUCCUCUUUAUAUAUAUAUUGAUCGAUUUGACCUUCUAAUCCUCUCCUAUAAAGAAAAAUUUCCUCCAUGCACAGGUUAGAAUCAGUCUUAUUCCUUAUUGUUGAACUGGUUGUAGUCUCUGUAAAUAAUGCCGUACAUAUUUAUAAUUUUAUUUGAGAAUUCUGCAACCGCUA